AUGCGAAGCUCUUUGGUUUGUCUGGUUGGUGCUGCUGCCAUGGCAGCUGCCAGACCUGCAGCGCCGCGGUCUAACCCGACGUAUUUCUUUACCUUUGGCGACUCUUAUUCGCAGACUAAUUUCAACGUCAAUGGCACGCAACCAUCAGCUUCGAACCCGAUGGGCAACCCGACUCUGGGAACCGGAACAACCGGCAAUGGGGUAAACUGGAUCGGGUACCUCACAACUGCCGAUAAUGCCUCGCUUGUGCUGAACUAUAACCUGGCCGUUGGAGGUGCUACAAUCAGCAACAACUUGGUCCCCGUCCCUUACGAGGACAUGACCUCGCAAGUGGCUACGUUCGAGAGCUCAUAUAGCAGCAAACCUGCCUCUGCACCGUGGAGAUCCGACGACUCGGUAUUUGGAUUCUGGAUUGGUAUCAACGAUUGCGGAAAUGCAUUCUGGCAAAACGAGUCCAGCGUCCUUGUUCCGAAGCUCAUGACUCAAUAUGAAAGCUUGGUUCUAGAUAUCUACGCGAAUGGCGGGCGCAAGUUCCUGUUCGUGAAUGUUCCGCCCACGGAUCGGAGUCCCUAUUUCAUUGAGCAGGGCACGGCAACGACAACCCAGCUUGCCGCUUGGAUCAAGGCGUAUAACGAGGGAAUAAGGACUAUGAUUACUACGCUCAAGUCGAAGCAUAAGGAUGUGACCACGGUGGUAUACGAUGCGAACACUUUCAUGGGCAAAGUCCUUGAUAACCCGAAAGAAUAUGGAUUCCCCUCCGACAGCUGUAUCGAUGCUGAUGGCACAUCGUGUGUCUGGUGGAAUAAUUAUCAUCCUGGUACCAAGUAUCACAAACUUCAGGCGGCGGAUAUGAAGUCGCAUCUGUCAUCGUUGGGCGCGUGGUAG